AUGCCAAAUAAACCUCGAAAUUUUAGAACAGUGUUAGCUGACUAUAUUUGCUAAUAAGAUCAGUUUGGUCACCCUAUCUCACUUACUUAUAAAAGAAAUAACACGUUUAAGACAUUUUUUGGAGGAUUCAUAACGAUACUUUUCAGGAUGGGAAUAGUUGUAUUCCUAGUAUUUGAAAUAAUGAAAGUAGUAGAAAAGAAAAGCAAUAUCGCUAACUCCUAAUAUAGAAGAAACUUGGUUGAGGACAAGAGAUAAUACUAGAUAGAUUUAACUAACUUUGAUUUAGCUUACAGUAUAUUUUCAACUGAUCCAAAGAUUGCUGCAAAUAUUGAUAGAUAUGUAUCGGUAUAAUUCCAGGAAGUGUACUUUGCAUGGUCAAAAGAUGGUGCCACCUAUACUAUGGAUGUGAAAGAUGUACCUUUGGAUAAUUGUCCACCUGGUAGAUUUUUAGGAGAAACUGUGUAAACUGAUAAUUUUGGAAUACAAUUCAAUUAUAAAUGUCCAGUAACUAUAAAUUCAACAUUAUAAGGAAGUUUUGCAACAAAGGAAACUAGAUAUAUUUAGGUAUUAGUUGGUGGUUGCAAUUAAGCUAUUCUCAACAAAACAAAGCCAAAUUUAUAAUGUGCUAAUGAUACUGAUAUCAUGAAAGCAUUAGAUUUUCUUGAACUAAACCUACUAACUUCAAACUAAUUUGUUGAUGUAAAUGAAAAAGAAGGUAAUCCAAUCAAAACUAUCAUUAAAAACUUCUACGCAACCAGUAAAUCAGAAAUAAGUUAGUCUUUUUAAAUCAAAAUAGGCUAGAAUUUUCUAAUUAAAAAUACUUCUCCAUUAUCAAAUCAACUCUCUUCAGAGAACAUAACUUACUACUAAGUGAGAGCUGAUGAAACAGCUCUAGGAAGUUAUAAAAAGUAUUAGACUUUAUUUAGAUAUUACAUUCUACUAGAUGACAAUAUUUUAACUACAUCUAUUGAAGUUUAUACUAUCUCAGAUGCUCUUUCAAAUACAGGAGGUAUAUUAGGAAUUGUUUCAAUUAUCGUUGCAGUCCUCCUAUCAAAGGCAUAAGAAAACUUCUUUUAUUAAUCUCUAGUGGGAGACAUAUUCUAAAUUACAAAUAAAGAUGCCAUUUAAAAGAGUUAAAAUAUUAAGUAGAAACCUUCUAUUAAAAUUCAAGAUAUGAAUUCUUCAAAUAUUAAUUUAUCCAGUCAUAUUUCAGAUGCUUCAUAGAACAAUCAACAAUAUUAUUAAAGGCUAUUAGUCAGUGUAAAAAAUAGAAUAAGAUUCUUCCUAACAGAUUUCGAAAUUUAUUUUAGUAUCUUUGCUUGUUGCAAGAAAAAAGAGUAAAGGGAACUUAUUAAAAAAAGAAUGAAACUUUUCAAGAAAGCUUAGGAAAUGCUUGACAAAAAAUUAGAGAUCUUUACAAUAUUAAGAAAUAUUUAGAUGGUUAAACUACUAAAAAGGAUAACACUCUCGAACUAUUAGAGAAAACUUACUCCCUAUUUCAAAUAGAAUUUAGUUUAAAUCAAAGAAUGCAAAAAGUUGAAUGACGUCAUGAAUAUAAAGAAUUUGAAGCUAAAAGAUGAUUCUAUUCCAUGCUUGAAUGAAGAAAAUAACGUAGAGUGGAAUAGUAAAAGCAAAAGUUCAAGGAGAUAGAUCAAAAUCUAUCUAAAACAUGUAUUAAUGCGCAAGGAUAAUAAUAAAUUGGACAAGAGAAUUUUUAAGAAUCUAGACCCUGAGUUUGAAAAGAAGGUUAAGGUCUAGGUCAAGAACCCUAUAAAAGAUAGCAUUCUCAAAAAUCUCAACAAAGACCUAAUGAAAGUAGCUAGCUUUCCCAAACCCAAAUUUUUAAUGGAAAAUAAUCAAACCUAUCUUUCUUCCUCAGUAUUGAAUAAUUAUCUGACUACUAACUAGAAAAAAGAUACUUAAUCUAUCGAAGACUGGGAUGAUUAAUCAAGAAAAAUAGAUACAUAUAUGCUGAGUGAAAAAUAACUAAAAGUUACAGACGAAGGAGAUUACUCUAUAAGUUAGUAUUUGGAAAAAGAAAUUAAUUAUUGA